UGGAUGGCAUUUUUUUACAUCUGAAUUGUUUUCGGGACAAAGCCAGUGCCAGUGCAUCACGUCGAAGUGUCUGUCAAUUCUUAUACAAAUCAAGACUGCUCACACUAUUUGCGAAGAAGAAAAAAAAACAGUGACAUUACGCAGAAGUCGAUGGACCGUGACCCACCUCCCAGUUAGGUUGCGAAGUCUUGAAAAGCAGCUCGCUGUACUCUACUUGAGCCACACCCGGUUCAGGGCACGACACGCGUAGCUGUUGCGCUUCUCCUCACACGGUCUAUUUUCUGGGAUUGUCAACUAAUAUGUGAAUGUGCUGAAGAUUUUCAUACUUCUUGAUAUUAAACCUUCCGAUGAGUUGUUGUACUUCCGUUACUCCUUUUAUUUGGUUUUUAAGCAGUAGCAGAACAAAUUUCACUCUCGUUCUUGCGCAAAUCUGAAUGAAAGCUGACGUCGCUGGAAACAUGGCAGAAGAAGUGGACACCUCCGGGCAGGUAUCCCGAGAUGUUGGAGAAUCACAUCACUUGCAUCAUAUUUAUUUACCCUGAAUUUGUAUGUAUGUGACUACACAACACGUUGUUGAAUUCCAAAACUUUUUGCAUUCUCAAGUAUAAUUUUCAUGAAAUGUGCGCCUGCGUGUGCAACCACAUGCAUCCUCUUCCACCUCAGUGCAGUCAUUACAUGCAAGUUGAGCAAAGAAAGCAAAGUUCUUGUGGUGAUUUUCCACACCAUAAACACCGCUGGAAGUUGCCGAAAUAAACCAGCACAACUCCCACCCAGCAGCAACUACAGACGUUGAUUCCCAUUCCCCCCACACAACGCCCGGCUCCUCCGUAAGCUCCGCGGCCUACCACUCGCCUACUACAAUGAAAAAUGCCCCCACCCCCGAACUUGGGAGAUUUGUGUUGCAAACCUUUCCAAAUGAAACACUCGCCCUCUUCCAUCUACCAGCAUCGCAGGUUUCGAAUCGUGAAUAGCAAAAAUUUGUAGUGCAAAAGACCCCAGCAAGAGCGGCGCUUGUCAUGUAAUCGCUGCGAUACACGCCUAGACUCUGCAUCAGAAAGAUUCAUACUCCUUUCAUGCAUGACAAAAAGUUUCCAUUUGGAAACUUCGCGUCACAAAUUUUUGCAACUUUGGGGGUGGGGGCAUUUUUCACUGCAAUAUCGCCCGUGCAGCAUUUCCUGGAGACCACGGCAAACACGGCAUCGAACUUUUUCGAGCAAUACGUCCGUCCGCGCAAGCUGAAGUUCAACACCUCCCCGAAACAAUUCCUGCAGGUCCGCAGCAAUCAGCAGCCGCAGCCGAGGAGACGAGGUUCAGCUGCAGGAGCACCGAAUGCACCUAACGACGACGACGAAAACAUCGCCUUGCAGCAGCAGCAAGCCGCCCACGCAGGACAAGAGGUCCACGGCGGAGUUCUUCUCGAUCACGGCGACGACCAAGAUCAUGAUGGUGAUCCGCAAGAACAAACGCAAAAUGAUCCUCGCGCCGCUGCUUCUGCCCCCGCUGACGAGAAUUUUGCCAGAGAUGACGAGCAACCAGAAAGGACUUUUUCCUAUCGCCACGGCACGUCACCCCUCGUCACCUCUUCCGUUUCCACCAGGGUCGCGGACUUGCUUCCAAACGGGGGGAACAACUGGGACAAAUGCAGCUGCUCCACCGACGUGGGGCUGACGAUUUUGGUGUGCGUGGUGGGGUUUCUUGGCAUUUAUCCUGAGUAAAAACGUACCCACACCAGAGUUGUAAUGCAGAUUUGCAAAGACUGGAAGACUUGUAAUGCGCAUCCCCAUGAGAGCCAUUUCCAAUCGUGUUUUGGAAUUUGUGAUGCUGUGAACAGGAUGAGCAGACGAAUCUGUGGCGCGGCUGCACUUGCUAACCUGCACGACACUGCAUAGCGCAACUUGUCAUGCGUGACUUACAAAGCUUCUAGGUUUGUGUUGCAGAAUCCCCAUCCUGACUCUAGUGUGGGUGCGUUUUUACUCAGGAUAGCACUCUUCUGUUCUUCAUGCAGGUGCUGCACCGGAUGGAGCCGAAGCGCAAGUACCGGCCCGCUAACGCAUAUGACAGUGCACAACUCCCCCUCCUCCUCAAUUGUCAUGCAAAAUACCCAACUCACCCUUUACCUCUUGGCAUUGUUUGCAUGACAAGCUCCUGUGGUAGCCCGAAUAGCACUAUAAUCCAGUGCAAAUUUGUCAUGCAAAAACCGGCACUCUUGCUGAUGCUUGUAUUGCCGUUCAUGUUGCUAUACAAAUGAGGGGGAGGGGGAGUUGUGCACAUUCAUAACGCACCGAGCCGCUACCGGACGGCCAACGCCAUGGCGGCGGGCGAUGAAUCGAUGUUCGGCCUGGAAGCGGGGGCGUUUGACGAUUUUGAACAAGCGCGACUGAUAUCAAAUGCAAAAAUGUCUGGGUCUGGAAGAUUGCUAGGUUUGUCAUGCAGAUUUUCCAUGACUCACGCGCUCUGCCCUGCACGGCCUAGCAUGACAGGUUCUGUGAGAUCUCUAUCAUGCCUUUCUUGCAUGAGUAACUGCCCUUGAAUUUGCUCAAAAGUGGACCUCUUUUGGUAAGCAUGCAAUACAAAUUUUUCCAUGAUCCAGAUGUAGCAUGACAAGUUGCGGUCUUCCGGAUCCAGACAUAUUUGCAAUGCAUAACCGAAUCGGGCCGCGCAGGGCGUGUCCGUGCACGAGUUCUUGAGCGAUUACCAGUCAAGGACGCCGAAGUUAUCAACGGAAAAAAAAUUUUAAUUUUUCUACAGUACCGCACGUAGAAAAGAGAAUCAAGCAGGGGAAGACAGCACGACAAGAGGCCUAGGUCUUGCUUAAGUACCAGCAUGACAGCUUACUUUACAUUUUUGUUUAAGCUUGAAGUUGACAGUCUUGCCAUGCGCAUGCUUGAUUUCUUUGCAGCCUCUACUUCUACAACGUAGCGUGUACAGUAGAAAAAGAAUUCUCCCUCCGCAUAUCUCUCUAUGCCGGUGUACAGCACGAUGCCGGUGUCCACGGUGCCCAGCGCGGUCGUGCGCGAAGUCAAAGAGGAACUGGGUACCAUUAUGGUAUUUAAAAACGUCCCCACCGUAUAGUUGUAAAUGCAAAUCUGCAUGCUGGAAUAUGUUUCUCAUGCGGAUCCCCAUGAGAAGGAUCUUUUAGUCGUGUUUUGGAAUUUGUUAUGCUCCGAUCCGAAUGAUCAUAUACUAGAUCUUUGAUGCUGCUGAACUACCUCAAUAAACAGCACUACACUAUGAGUCCAAAUUUGUCAUGCAAAACAGCCAAAGCUUGUGGAUUUGUCUAGCCAAUCCCCAUCUUGACUAACGUGUGGGGACGUUUUUACAUAGGAUAACCAUGGACAAACUAAUGUCCAUGUUUGGCAUGGGCAGUAAGUCUAUCAAAUGCAAAAGUGUCUGGGUCUGGAAGAGUGCGCGAUUUGUCAUGCAGCUUCUCCAUGAUCCAUGAGGUCUGGAAUGCAGCGCCUAGCAUGACAGAUCCUGUGCGAUCUCUCUCUUCAUGCCUAUCCUGCAUGAGAAGCUCCCUCCCGACUUGGUCAAAACUUGACGACUUGUGGCCAUCAUGCAACACAGAUUUUUGCAUGCUUCAGAUUUAGCAUGACAAGUUGCAUUCUUUCAGACCCAGACAUUUUUACACUUGAUAAAGUCUGGCGAUCGGGAAGACGGGCCGGUUUCCGCCAGCUUUGCAACCGACGACGACGAGGUGGUGCAGUCUGUGAUCCCGCUUCUGCCCCCGGAAAGCUUUGACAUCCCGGAGAGCGCGGCCAUGGCUGCACCGGGGGCCGCGAGCUUCGCGCCCAACAUGUCGAUGGGUGGCCGCGGGUCCGCCUCUUUGCGCAGGGGAGCCGAGGAUCUGGCUUCCGAGGAUGCUCUAUCCUCUAAGAAUAAAGUAGAACUACGACUCCGACUGAUUUGUGAUGUGGUCGUGCGCGAGCAAGAAGUAUGAAGGUGUGCAGUUUUCCUUUUCCGCCCAGUAAGUUCAUCUAGCAAACCCUUGAAACAACUUGUCACAGACGAGAUCUUGAUGCAUUUUGUCAGGCACGACAUUGACUACAUCACCAAAUUAUCCGGUAAAAGAGUCUUCAGUAGUCUUUUUCACACUCAUAUUAUUCCUUCGAGUACAGGCUGAGCAAAGCCAAGAAAAAGCAAAAGCCCAAGAAGGUCCCGGGAGUAUGAGACGGCACAACUACCACCUUUUUCAAUACUUAUUUUUCCUUUUUUCUCAUUUCAAAAACCUAUGAGCAGCAACAGCGGCAAACGCAGAAGUCGUGUAUCGCUUACAUAGCAGCUUCAUGCGUCGCGUAGAACUGGACGAUGCCUCCACCAAUAGAAAUAAGUACGCAGAUGCUGACAGCCCAAUUCUUUGUUGUUUUGCAUGAGAAAUGAGAAAAAAAUCGUUGUGGGGAAACAACAAGAUCAGGAGUGGUUGUGCACGCUUAUAGCACGGCCCUCACAUCGAUUCUCCGACCACCGUCACCGACGCAGAUUUCUACGACCUUGCCGCCCUGCCCUUUCAUGUGGCGGACCGGAAGGACAGUCGAAAAAUCGAACCGACCCGGAUUCUGUUUCUCAGCACGUCCAAGACGGAGAUGUCUCAGGCUUACGACGUAUCAACUACAAAAAUGUCUGGGUCUGGAAGGUUGCAACUUGUGACGCUAACUUUAGACUCUAGAAAAAUCUGCAUUGCAUGACCAGCAAGAGGAGGUCAUUUUGUGCUACGCGGGGAGGGCAUUUGUCAUGCGGAGUAGGCAGCAGAAGGCCCUCUAAAAAUCUGUGAUGCUGGGUCGUGCAUUGCAGACAUCCUGGGUCAUGCAAAAUAUGCAUGACAAACCCGGCAAUAUUCCAGACCCAGACACUUUUGCAUUUGAUACGACGCGAUGAUUUACCUGGCCAACCAGAAGAACCGGGACGGGUACCUGCUGUACGAGGUGGUUUUACGCAUUGCAAAAGUUGAAGCAUCGCAGCUAUCUUCGUAGUAAGUACAUAGAAACGACUGCAUACAGAAAAAUGUUUUUAUUGUUAUUCCUAAUCUGAAAAGUGGCGCUGGCGUCUACGAUACUGAUUUCCCUUUAAUACGAGAGACAUCUGUCUUGUUGCAGGAUCAUUGCAAUUUAUUUGUACUACGACCUCCGCGAAGAUGUUGCUUUUGCACAGGAUAAACCUUCGCUUUCAACUACUGCACACUCGUGCUUCGGGAGGACCACACUGGCGGCAAGAACCUCUACGUUGCCGAAGACGUGGACGCAUUGACCUUCAACGACCGCAUGAAAUUUUCCACCUUGAACGCAACUAGCCCCUUCUGCUCCAAGCUGCAGGUCCCGCUGGGGCACAAGGACCUGGCGUUCGAUAUGGCGUUCUCAACUGUUACAUUCUCAACUGCUCACACGAUUUGUCAUGCAAAAUCAACAUCAACAUCCACAGGGUCGGGUGAAGCGACUUCGCAUGACAAAUUCCUGGAGGGCUAAACAGCGUUUAAAUCUGUGCGGAUUUUGUAAUGCUAGAGGCGCAAUUGUCCCCCUUUCGCUUUUGCCGUUCAUGCAUUGCAAAUUCAUGCAACAGUUGAGAAUGUAACAUUUGAGAACUCCAUACUCGACGAGCAACUCGACUACCGGGCCCUGGACUUCACGCCGCCGAAGAGCGUGCUGAAGAAGCUGUACCAGGCGGGCGUGCGGCUUGCGCCGAAGCGGUUCAUCAACUCCGAAGCAAUUCCCGUGGGCCACGAGGCGAAACAAGACAUCCUGGAAAAGCUGGCGGAGCGGCGGCUGAGUUUCGACAACAUUUACGGGGAGGAGGCCUUCGGCCACUGGAUCGCGGAGUUUCUUUUCCAGGGCCAGGACUGCGACUUGAUCGUCGCCGACUCGCUCUACUGCGAGGGGCUGUUUGACUUCCGGCGCCUGCUGACGCACGCCAGCUUCGAAGACUCGGCCAUGGUGAUGUACGCGGGGAAUCUGUCUUCGGCAAAAAUCCACCCGGAGGGACGGACGGAUGUUGUCGAGAAUUGGAAAAAAUGCGGCUAUAUCAAAUGUAAAAAUGUCUGGGCCUGAAAGAAUGCAACUUGUCAUGCUGAAUUUGGAUCCCAAAAAAAUCUGGAUUGCAUGAGCAGCAAAGGGAAUGCAAUUUUUGCUACACGGAGAGGGCAUUUGUCAUUAGGAAUAGGCAUCGCGAAGCCCUCAAAAAAUCUGUGAUGCUAGGGCAUGCAUCACAGACGUCAUGGCCAAUGCAAAACAUGCAUGACAAGUCUCAGAAUCUUCCAGACCCAGACACUUUUACGUUUGAUAGGCUACAACUUCUCGAAAAUCCCGCUGAUUGUGCAGAACGUCAUCCCGUUACUCCACUAUUUCGCGCCGACCGAGGAGAAGAGCGGGUAUUACUGCGUGAAGAAGGACGUGAUUUUUCAAAACGAACCCCUCAACGCCUUCAAAGUGACGAACAAUUUCACCGGAAGAGAGCUCGCGCCCAUAGCGGUGGUCAUGGGCCACUUAGCGCACUUUCCGAAGGUGGGGCCGGGGUUCGAGAAGAAGACGGAACUGCCGGAAAUUUCGAUGAUCAAACAAGAACUUGAGCAGAACCGCUAUCAUUUGUAAAAACGUCCCCACCCCAGAGUUGUAAUGCAAAUCUGCAUGCUGAAAAUGUUUCUCAUGCGGAGACCCAUGAGAAGCAGUCUCUAGUCGUGUUGUGGGAUUUGUGAUGCUAGAAUCAGCAUGAUAUGCUAGAACUGUGAUGCUUCUGAACAAGCUAAACAGGAUUACACUGCGAGGCCAAACUUGUCAUGCGCAACAGCAAAAGCUGACGGAUUUGUCUAGCAGAUUUCCCAGCUUGACUCUGGUGUGGGUACGUUUUUACUCAGGAUAACCGCUACACGCACUUCGUCUACGUUUCCUUCGGGUCCCAAGGGUUUGAAUUUUCCCAAGAGGGAAUCUUGUAUUUGCUGCGCGAACUGGGGGAAAAUCUGAGCCAGAACGACGGUUUCGGGAACCGGAAGAAGGUCUUUGUUUACUUCGUGAAGCCGCAGUUGAAGAACAACAUGACCUACGAGCAACUGUUCCAGCGCAACCCGCGGUUUGCGGUCCCCGAAAACGUGAAAUUGAUGCCCUUCGCGCCGCAAAAGGACAUUUUCGACGCGUUUGCCGACUACACCCUGCAGCACAACAACCGGAAGCUGAAAAUGGCCUUUCUCGCCCACUGCGGGGUCGGGGGCGUCACGGAGGCGACGUCGCGGGGCAUCCCGAUCUUGUGUUUGCCGUUGCUCUUCGCGGACCAAUUUCCGAAUUGCAAAACGCUGGAGGCUUCGACGCUCGGGCGGGACCUGUCGCAGCUCACCGCCUGGAUGAUGCAGCACGACAUGAUUGACUUCCCCGCGGGCUCGGCCGCGCCGCCGGCCCUGCAGACGGUGUUCAACUCCAUCACCAUGACGGGCAGCAAGGAGAACGACCGGGUGGUCAUGCUGGUGUACGGGGCGAAACGGAUCAGCACCUACCAGAAGCAGUCCCGCGCCGACAAGGACGUGCUGGCGAAUUUCUACGCUAACUGCACACCGUAUGGAAGUGUCAGGAUUGAAAUCGUCAUGAUUGAAAUAACUUGCAAUGCAUAAAAUCGAUGCCAGUUAGAAGCCCAAUUUCCAUGCGGUGCAUGACAAAUUUUCCGAGCACCGGAAUCCAAUUUACCAUGCUGUUUGGGCGCAGGCGACUUCUUUUGUCAUGCUACUUUAGCAGCUCUAUUUCAAACCCUAAACGGGCUGACAGUCGGCCUCACUUGCCAUCCCGGCAAGACAGGCACUUCAUGCCUCGCAUUUUAUGCAUGACAAACUAUUUCAACUUUGUCGAGUUCAAACCUGACGCUUCCAUACGCUGCAGAUGGAACGCCGCAACAACGCGGAGGGGGUGCUCGCGGCGGAGUGCCGGGCCCUGUUUGCCGACGAAAAUUACUACGAAAAGUACAAGAAGUCGACGGAUUCGUUUUUGCUGCCGAUGAUGCAGAGCCACACGCUGGACUCGGAGCAAGAUCUGGGAAAAAUGGUGGCGUACUUUGCGGAAAACAAGGCCAAGUACCGCGGGAAUUGGCAGUAGGGAAUGUAGUGGCGGGAAGAUGAAGAAGGAGGGUUUGGGGGUUUAGGAUUUUGGAGAUUUAUUGACGAGAUCCGAGAUUAGACUUUUCAACUUGUAUACAUCACAUAUUUGAUUUCCACUGAAAUUUUGCUUGAAUUUUCACAAACUUUUCGAAUGGUCUCUUACGUCUUACUUUAUCUUUACAAUUUUAUCGCAACAGCAUAACAUUCUGUUUCUCGUUAGUUUUCAGUACAUAUUUCGUUUUAUUUUGACAGCAGCUUCCAGUCAGCACUUUUUGAAAAUUAUUGAAUGACAUCUUGCAGUAAAUUCUUGUCGCAUGUUCAUACCUACUAGAUCGUUUUGAUGCAAAGCAAUCGUUACAACAGUCGUUAACAUGGUGAAAAGUACCGAAAUAGAAGCCAUUCCAAGUUUGCACACAGAAAAAAUCAGUUUACAAUUAACAUGGACCUCGCAAUUUCUUGUGUACUAGCGGUUUUUCUACUAUCCCAUCCUUCCGCGUCGCCUUAUGAAUAGGAAUGGGAUCAUUUUACUUACAUUAGCAUCAAAAAGAACAGGACAAAUGAAGUGCCAACAUUCUCCAUGACAAGUAAUUAACAAAAGGUUGCACAAUCAUAUCGGAUGGCACCCAUCAGGAUGGCA